GUCUGUGGGGCUCUGGGGCAGCGUCAGCCGAGCGACUAUUUAAUUUUCGUUUUGCCGUGGAACCGUUUGGCGGCCCGCAAGCGACCGACGUGCGCGUUCUGAACAAUUUGAAAAUGUCGAGUAAAAGCGGUUCGUGAUUCAAUUUUGAUAUGCGCCUUUCUGUGUUACUGUUAUUGUGUGCAUACAAACAAAUAUUUAUUUCAACGGCAAAGACAACAACAAAUAUCUAAAUAGUUGCACAGCAGCGCCAUCUAGCGGUGGACAACUUGUUGCAGUUUGUUGUGAUUCUAGUUUUCAAUUGUGUGUCCAAAACUUUGACUGUCCAUAUCCGCCGGAAGCACCUUAACUGGCCAGAACAAGUGCAAAGCCCCUGAACUCAGUUGAGUCUAAACCCCGACCCAAAUGGCAAUCUAAAUAAAUAAACAAUUCAACAUUGGGAAAGAGCUUGAUGAAUUUACUUCAACAUGUCAUUGGAUAAUCCCUGUUAUUUCUGUAAUGACACCAAAUCGCCCCGCACGCCGGACUCUCAGUCCUCCGGCAAGGGCUUCUCGAUAUUCAAACGCCGCAAUUCCAAAGGCAGCAGUCCACGGCCAUUGGCCACAAAUCCGGAACAGAUGCGUCUCAUGACAUCGGCCAAUUUGGAUACAACAGCAACGAUGGCCUUUGGCAGCCCUCGCGGCAGCUUCAACUCGCUGGGCGGCCUCUCACAACAAUCGUUUGAACUGCAGCCGCUGAUGUAUCGCCAUAGAUCGUCGAAUUCGCAUUCGGAGUCAUUCCGCGAGAGACUUGGCUCCUGCAAUGAGACGCACAGUUCACAGUGUCCGGGAGGCGGCGCCGAGCACGACGAGGUCUUCAAUGCAAGCAAAUCCCAGCGUCAUCACACUCUACCCAGCGGCGGCACACGUCGCCAUUCAUUCGGCAACUGGGCACAGCAACAACAACAGCAGCAACAACAACAACAACAACAGCGACAGCUCAACACAUCUGGUUCAACAUGCACAUCGCCAUCGAUUGGACCCAGUUCACCGGAUGAGGUGCCCAGCAUGUUGGCUCCACGUCCUCCUGUGCUCUCGCCAAACAAAUUUCGCGGCACAUCCUAUCGCAGAAGAGACAACUGCGGCAACGUGAACAACACUAACGGAGUUCUUGCAACAUUCUACGGCUUCGGUCAGCCGGGUUACAACAUGGAUGACAUACUGAUCAUCACUGCCAAGCACAGCGAACGCGCUUAUUUGCGCGCCACUUUCCUGAAGAACCAUUUCGACAAGAUCACCAAGCAGCGCGGACGCAAACCAUUCAAUUUUCUGCAUAUUAAAAUUGAUGAUGGCCCCUUCAGCGAAGAAAUCGCCCAGAAAUAUCAGAACACAGCGCUGCAGAUCGUCAUUCUGUGUCCGGCAUUGUUGGCGUUGCCACACAGUUUCCUGAUGGCUCAGCUGACGUCGAUAAUACGCGUGGAGAAGGUGCUGGCCAUAUUGCUGGACGUGGGCGAGGACAAAGUCAAGGAGAUGCACAAGACGGCGCUGCCAAGUUAUUACAAGUGGCGUCGCUGUGUGGUGCGGGAUAAUGAUCAGGCGCAGAUCAGUAAUAUUCUGGGAAUUGCCACGGAUAUAUUGGGACGUGCUCUGUGCCAGCGUCCGCCGUGUCAGGACAACAGCAGCAGCAGCAGCAGCAGCAACAACAACAAUAGCAUCUCACGCAGCUUGUCCAGCUGCUCGGAGGGAUUCACCGUGCUGCCCAAGAAGGUGAAACAGGGCCAGAACAAAGUGUUGGCCAUGCUCGCGGAACCCUUAAAGCCAAACGAUACAUUGAAGUUGCUCGUGGAGAAAUCGGGAGAGUUGAUUGAGAUACGGAAUUUCAAGUGCCGCAAUCCGUAUACCGUACAGUUCGCCAUACCCGAGUCCUGCAUGGAGAUCUCCACCAUGAUUGAAAUACGCAUCGAGAAGAACAACAAGAGUCUGGGAGCUCGUCCCAUCAAAUGCGAGAGUCGUCUGCGAGAAUUGGAGCAACUGCUCAGAGUGGAGGAUUCUCCCAUUGAGUUCAUGUGCCAUGCCCUGGGUGUGGGUCCAUUGGAGCGAGAUGCUCUGGAUCAGCAUCUGCUGCAGUGCUUCCAACGCAACAUGCCACCCAAUUUCCAUCUGCUCAAUGGACCCUACGAGCGUCAGCCGCACUUCUUCACACGCCUCGAGUCGAGUCCUGAGGAGUAUCCCACUUUGCUGCACUUUGCGGCACGUUGGGGCUUCAAUCGCCUCUGUCUGCAGCUGAUGGAGUGUCCGGGCGGCGACACGGCCUGCGGAGUGCGCAACUGUGCUGGACGCACGCCCGCCGAGCUGGCCGAGCAGGAGGGUCACCAUAAGCUGGCCCAGAACAUUGUCAGCUUCUCGGAGUUUCAUAAUCUCACAAUGGUCUAUCAUUACUUCAAGGGCAUCGACAAUCCCAGCAGCGGCGCCAGCAGUCCAGGUGCCCAGUCCAAGCCAAAUAGCAACAAGAAUGGCCAGGUGGUCAUUGGAGCACUGCCCUCAUCCCCAAAGAGCAAACCACCAAAGCAGCUGCCAACGGCGGAGUACAUGGAAAUGUCCAGUGGAUCGGAGCGUGAGAAUACGCCGGAGGUGCGUGCCAAGACUGAGACAAUGGCCAUAUCGAAUCUCAACUACAUCAGCGUGGAGACGGAGGAUGAGAAUCUGCAGAGCUGCUCCACAGAGAAGCAUCUGGAGAGCAGCAAAGUGCUGGAGAGCACAACGGGACCGGAGCAAACCACCAAUGAGUUGCGCAUCAAUGAGCCGCCCUACUAUCAAUCCAAGGAGCAAAACAAAUCCCAAGAUGUGGUCGAUGGAGCAGCCAGCAAUUAUCAGGCAACCGACAAGUUCAGUCAGGAGUGCUCCCAACUGCUGGAGAAUCAGGCAAUGGCUGGCAAUGAUUAUGUCAUGCAGCCCUCCAACAUCCCCGUCUCGCCAACGACCACGACAAUGCCCGACGAUGGCAACUAUCUGUUCCAGCCCUCCAAUCGGCCGGUGGAGGAGCCACUGCGUCUCAGUCGCUCCACGGCGAGAUUGCCACAGGUCAGCAGCGGUUAUGGCACACUGAAGCGAAGUGCCAGCGAUGCCUCCAGCGGCACUCGGGCCAAUGCCGACGAUGAGCUGGCCGAGAUUAUGCAUGAUUUCAAGAACAAUGUGCUGUCCAUACGCGAUGUGGAGUUGCUCGUGGAGAAGUGGAAGCAUCGCAAUGAUGUGCAGCAGAGUUUUCGCGAGAAGCAGGAACAGAUCGAUCAACUGCGUCGCGAAUACGAGCGAAUCCAUGAUCAUGUCAAGUCCCAGCUGAAGCGAGAGACGCCCUUUGAGCGCAUCAAGAAGCUCUUCUCCAGACAGAAGCCCCAUGCGGCCGUGGAGAAGCAGACCAGCUGUGCGGACAGUCUGCUGGACGAGACCAAGAGCUCCAUUGCGACCAGUUGCAGCUUGAAGUCAUCGGCGCGUCCGAUUAGCUCGCUAAGUCUGCAGAGCGUUUCCAGUUCGAGUUCGUCGUCGGGUCGCCUCAGCACGGGCAGCAAUUGCAGUGGCGCCUCUCUGGGUGAUUCCGGCACACACUCGGAUCACGAGGAUCGUCGACAAUUCGGCUGUCGUCUGGGCAAUGCGGGUUCGUUGAUGGACAACUAUUUGGUGCCGCCGCCACCGCGUCCAGUCUUCACGCCAGUCUCCACGCCCGGCGAUGAACGUCAUCAGAUUGUCUUCCCCUCGCCCAUGUCCAGCUGCACACGCCUCCACACGCCCACAAGUCCCACGGGCUCCGAUCAUUACCAGAUGUUCCCAUCGAAUAUACCCGUCUAUGGCAAUGGCAGCCAGCCUCUGUCCACAUCGCAGAGCAGCAGCCUUUUGAACACCAUUAUGGAGGCCAAGGAGCAUACACAGGAUGCACAGCAGCAUUAUCAAAACGGGGUCACCCUACAGCCGAUCAAGCUGAAUGAACGACCCAACAUCAUCUACGGCAAGCUGACCAAAAGUCACUCCAGCAGCGGCUGCAGCUCCUUCAAGCCCAAGCAGGUGGCAUGCCCCCAGGUGGGCUGCAUCGAGGUCCAGGCAGAGGUCUAUCAAAAUGUGGGCAGCUCAACGGAGGAGGCAACGCCAGAGGUUCCUGCUAAGGAGCAAUCCACAGAGUCGCCCAACUACAUGAACUGCUAGAACUUCCCUCGCUCUCUAUCUAUGUAUAUCUCGUAACUGUCUAAGUUUUCAUAUCACACAUACAUACAUACGUAUAUCUAGUAUAUAGGUUUAAGUGCAUAUAGAAAUACGACGAGUCUAUCGAUAUUUUUGCUGGAAUGAGUAUAAACUAGUUAAACGAGUGCUUGAAAUGGGCCUAAACAUAAUUAUUUUAAUGCUAAUCGCUCUCUCACUCUUUCUCGACUACAUUUAGCUGACUAACUAACUGUAUAACAUUUCAUUUUGUAUUAUCAAUUAUCUCUAGUUAUCGUUAUCGAUCAUUAAAAUGUACAUUACUUUUUGAAACGAUUGCAAGCAACCAAAACAAACAUAUCGUAGGAUUUAAGCAAAGGUCUCGGCACCAACGAAUUGCGAUUAUGUAAUUCUAGUUUUAAGUAUUCCUCCCGUUAUUUCUCUUAAGUCUACCAUGCAAGCUAAGCAUGAAAAAAUACAUUUGUUCGCACACAAAGUUAAAUGCAAUAAAUUUUAUUCUUUAAACAA